CGCAUGUGUAAAGAUCUUAUUCGAAAGGACUUCAUCAGGAUCACGUGACGGUCUGUUGACAGUGGAGCGCGGAGGAAGAUGGCGGCGCGCUGGAGCAGCGAGAAUGUGGUGGUUGAGUUUCGGGAUGCCCAGGCCACCGCCAUGUCAGUGGACUGUCUGGGCUCCCACGCUGUUCUGUCUGGGAGGCGGUUCCUAUACAUGGUGAACCUGGAGGCGCCCUCGGAACCGCCGCGCAAGAUUGGGCGCCAGAGUAAGUGGGACGUGGGGACGGUCCAGUGGAACCCUCACCGCUCACAGGGCCACGUCUUCGCUGCCUCCAGUAACCAGCGUGUGGAUCUGUACUCGUGGAGGGACGGCUGUGGAGAAGUCCACUCCACUCUGCAGGGACACACCCGGGUCAUCAGUGAUCUGGACUGGUCCUGGUUUGAACCGGAGCUCCUGGUCACCAGCUCAGUGGACACGUACAUCUACAUCUGGGACAUCAGAGACACUCGAAAACCCACUGUGGCUCUUUCUGCUGUUGCCGGAGCGUCUCAGGUGAAGUGGAACAGGAAGAACCAGAACCUGCUGGCCUCCAGCCACGACGGAGACGUUCGGAUCUGGGACAAGAGAAAGCCCAACACGGCGGUUGAGUACGUGGCGGCUCACCUGUCCAAGGUCCACGGUCUGGACUGGCACCCAGACAACGAGUUCAUCUUCUCCACGUCCAGCCAGGACAACUCUGUGAGGUUUUGGGAUUUCCGACAGCCCAGGAAGUACCUGAACAUCCUGUCCUGUCAGGUUCCAGUAUGGAAGGCUCGAUACACGCCGUUCUCCAGCGGUCUGGUCACCGUGAUGGUUCCUCAGCUGCGGAGGGAGAACAGUUUGCUUCUGUGGAGCACGCUGGACCUCAACAGUCCCGUCCACGCCUUUGUGGGACACGACGACGUGGUGCUGGAGUUCCAGUGGAGGCCGCAGAAAGAAGGCUCUCAGGACUACCAGCUGGUCACGUGGUCCAGGGACCAGACCCUGAGGGUGUGGCGGGUGGAUCCUCAGCUCCAGAGGCUGUGCGUCAGUGAUAUGGUGGACGACCUGGUUGACAGGAUGUCUCUCACCGUGGAGAAGGAGACAUCUCUGGUGUCUCAGGAGCCUGGCGGUCAGUUCAGGGUCGGCCUCGCCGCCGAGAACCUGCAGGACCAGGACGGUGCUCUGAGCUCCGUGGUGGGUUCAGGCGUCCCUCAGACGUUGCAGCAGGAGUUCUCGCUGGUCAACCUGCAGAUCAGAAACGUGGACGUGGAGAUGGACGCGUUGAGCCGCAGCUGCGUGGUGUCGGCUCACUUCGGCAGCCAUCAGGUCCGCCUGGUAGUCAAGUUCCCCGCGCAGUACCCCAACAACGCCGCGCCCACCUUCCAGUUCGUCUCGCCCACCACCAUCCCGUCCGCCACCAGGACCAAGAUCCAGAAGGUUCUGACCGACACGUCUCUGCAGAAGGUGAAGAGGAACCAGAACUGCCUGGAGCCGUGUGUCCGGCAGCUGGUGUCCUGCCUGGAGCUGGACAUGGAGGACGGUCCCGUCUCCGGCCCCUUCGUCCUGUCCAACCCCGUCGCUCCGGCCCUGCAGGCGUUCCCCCGGGUCACCAACACCUACGGCUCCUACCAGGAUGCCAACAUCCCGUUCCCUCGGACCUCUGGCGCUCGUUUCUGUGGCGCAGGUUGUCUAGUUUACUUCACCCGACCAAUCACCAUGCACCGCUCUGUCCCACCCACUGAGCCCACUCCCAGGUCCCUGUCGGCCCUGUCGGCCUAUCACAGCGGAGUGUUGACUCCGAUGAAGAUGCGCUCAGAGUCUCAGAGCACGCUGCGGUUGUACAGCGGCAGCCCGACUCGCUCCGACAAAGACACCGUGUCCAUCUCCUCCUUCUACUAUAAAGAACGGAAGUCCCGGCGCUUUAAGACGAAGAGGGAGGGCGUGGACUUCGGCAGCCGUCCCAUCAAACUGGCGGGAAAAGUGAUCGUCCAGGAGAUCUCGUGUCUGCUGCCGGUCCACAAGGCGCUGGGGGAGAGCUACAUUCUGAACAUGAACGACAUCCAGGAAACGUGUCAGAAGAACGCGGCGGCUUCGCUCGCUGUCGGACGCAGAGACGUGGCCAAGGUGUGGGCUCUGGCGUCUGCAGCCAGCAGCCAGGACCUGAGUCCAGACCCGGAUCCGGACACAGAGACACCCUGGGCCCGGCACCCGUUUGGACGCCACCUGCUGGAGACUCUCUUGGAUCACUACAGUCACAUGAGUGACGUUCAGACUCUGGCGAUGCUGUGCAGCGUGUUCAGAGCUCAGGCUCCGCCUCCAGACUCCUCCCCUCUCUACAGACAUCCAGCUCGCUCCUCCAGCCACUCUCAAUAUCCCAGCUACACCUCCAGCUCCGUGACGUCAGGCGCCAGCAUCUCCGACUCUGUCACCUCCUGGACCGCAGGGAGGGAGUCUGAGCUCGACGCCUCCCUGGAGGACGGACGACAGGGAGGCGUCCCCCGAGAGAGAGAGCAGCACGACAUGAACAAGAGGCUGCUGGACCCGUCCAACUCGCUCCAGUUCGAUGACUUCAAGAAGGUCUACGGGGAGAUCCUGUACCGCUGGGGCCUGAGGGCCCAGAGGGCCGACGUGCUGCAGUUCACCUCCAGACCCCCGGAGCCCCACCGGGGCCUCGAGUUCGGGGUCUACUGCUCCCACUGCCGGAGCCCCUCCCGGGGCCCCCGCUGCACCGCCUGCCGCCGCCUGGCCCUCCAGUGCUCCGUGUGCCACGUGGCUGUGCGCGGCUCCUCAAACUGCUGCCUGGGCUGCGGCCACGGGGGCCACACGGCCCACAUGCUGGCCUGGUUCAGGGGCCGGGACCAGUGCCCCGCGGGCUGCGGCUGCCACUGCCUGCUGCAGAGCACCUUCUGAGGGCCCCCAGGACCAGACCCCCAGGACCAGACCCCCAGGACCAGACCCCCAGGACCAGACCCCCAGGACCAGACCCCCAGGACCAGACCACCAGGACCAGACCCCCAGGACCAGACCCCCAGGACCAGACCCCCAGGACCAGACCCCCAGGACUAGACCCCCAGGACCAGACCCCCAGGACCAGACCACCAGGACCAGACCCCCAGGACCA